AUGGCUGCUCCCAAGACACAGGGGGCUGCUACCCAAGGAGAGGAGGAUGGUGAUGGCAGCCGUGGCGGAACUGGGGGUGUCAGUUAUGAGGACAGUAAGGAUUGUAUCCUGGAGCCGCUUUCCCUGCCAGAAAGUCCAGGUGGCACCACCAGUUUAGAAGGUUCUCCAUCUGUGCCUUGUAUUUUCUGUGAAGAACAUUUUCUUAUAGAUGAACAAGACAAACUUCUGAAGCACAUGAUCAUUGAACAUAAGACUGUCAUAGCUGAUGUUAAGUUGGUUGCUGAUUUCCAAAGGUACAUUUCAUAUUGGAGGAAAAGGUUCACUGAACAGCCCAUUACAGAUUUUUGUAGUGUGAUAAGAAUCAAUUCCACAGCUCCAUUUGAAGAACAAGACAAUUAUUUUUUGCUGUGUGAUGUUUUACCAGAAGAUAGAAUACUUAGAGAAGAACUUCAGAAGCAGAGACUGAAAGAAAUUCUGGAACAACAGCAACAAGAACGAAAUGAUAACAAUUUUCAAGGCAGUUGUAUGUUUUGCAAUGAGGAAUUCCUCGGAAACAGAUCUGUUCUUUUGAACCACAUGGCCAGAGAACACACUUUCAACAUUGGGUUGCCAGACAACAUUGUAAACUGCAGUGAAUUUCUGUGUACAAUACAGAAAAAGCUUGACAACUUGCAGUGCUUGUACUGUGAGAAGACCUUCAGGGACAAAACUACACUUAAAGAUCACAUGAGGAAAAAACAGCAUCGUAGGAUCAAUCCUAAGAACAGAGAAUAUGACCGAUUUUAUGUCAUCAAUUAUUUGGAACUUGGAAAAUCCUGGGAAGAAGUUCAACUAGAAGAUGAUCGGGAGUUGCUAGAUCAUCAGGAAGAUGACUGGUCUGAUUGGGAAGAACACCCUCUCUCUGCUGUCUGCCUAUUUUGUGAAAAGCAAGCAGAAACAAUUGAGAAAUUAUGUGUCCACAUGGAGGAAGCACAUGAAUUUGAUCUCCUCAAAAUAAAGUCAGAACUUGGACUGAACUUCUAUCAGCAAGUGAAACUAGUCAAUUUCAUUCGGAGGCAAAUUCACCAAUGUAGAUGUUAUGGCUGCCAUGAGAAGUUCAAGUCCAAAGCAGACUUAAGGACUCACAUGGAAGAAGCUAAACAUACUUCACUGCUUCCUGAAAGACAGACAUGGGACCAACCACAGUAUUAUUUUCCAACCUAUGAAAAUGACACUCUGCUAUGUACCCUGUCUGACAAUGAAAGUGACCUGACAGCUCAGGAACAAAAUGGAAAUAUCGCCAUCAUUAGUGAAGAUACAUCUAAACUGCAUGCUUUGAAACAAAGCAGUAUUUUGAACCAGUUGCUACUACAUGAGUCCUUGAAAAACUAGAAGAAACUGCCACAGAAGCAAUGUUUCACGUUUUCUCCAAUGAGACAGAUGCAAAAGAAUACUUUAAAUUUGAACAUCAGCAAAGGAUUAGUCUUUGGUAAAAUAAACUUUU